ACAUACACAUGCAUACAACGGACGUUUUGACGUUUAUGAAUCAGUUUUUUGAUCGACGAAUGGAUAAGUGAAACAUUUAUUGUGCACAGAUUACGAAUUUUAAUCCAUUUUUACCAAACAAACCUUUGUAAAUUCACGAAAAUAUUGUCCGUCGAUUGGUGUUACAUUGUCGAAGCAUAAAAUAUCAGAACUCAAGAGUGGUUUGUUAGUCGGAAAUUGUAGUUGCAUAUGACUUCCUCUACAUAAAUGUUACCAACAACAACGAAAGUUAUGCCUGCCCUGAAAGAAUCGCAUAUCGUGAGGAUUGCCGUGGAGUUUGAAAACCAAUUGCCGCAAUUAAUUAAAUUUGAUCGUCGGCAACCGCUAACAGGAAUAAUUCAAUUCAUUUGCAACAAUUGGAACGUAUCCGAUCCGGAAAAUUAUGCUCUUCAAUUUUGCGAAGUGAACAACAAAAAUUACGUCACCGAGAAGAAUCGCAAUGAGGUGAAAAAUGGUUCAGUGCUGAGUCUUCGGCAUUCACCAUCGAAGACGGCGAAUGAUAUUCUUGAAACGCUUAAAUCCGGUACAACUGCUGAACGAACUGCGGUCUUGGAGAACCUUGCUUCACUAAGCUGUGACGUGACGUUCGCUCUUGAAUUGAUCAAGGAACAAGGACUGGACAUUGUCAUCGGAAUGAUUGAAGAUGAGAAAUCCGAACCGGACAUACUGAAAUUUGUCAUGCUGUCGUUCGUCGAAUUGAUGGAUCACGGAACGGUCUCGUGGGAUAUUUUACAGCCGUCCUUCAUAGCCAGAAACAUUGCGUUCAUUAACGAUAGAACCACCUAUGCCAAAGAAGUCGUACAAUGCGCUCUGGCCGUGCUAGAGAAUACGGUCAACAACAGCACCAAAUAUGCACUGAUUGAAAAGGAUGUGUCAUUUACGCGACUACUGUCGCUACUACAAGAUUCCGUUCCGGUUAUCCAGCAAAAUACCAUCGCUCUGAUCAACGCUCUGUUCCAGAAGGCCGACGAUCCGCGGAAACAAACCAUUGCGUCGGCAUUUAGUACGAAACAAUAUCGAAAUGUUCUGUUGACCAGCGUUAUCAAUUCCAACAUCGGCACGGAAAUGGCUCAUCAGUUGUACGUGCUACAGAAAUUGACUAUCGGUUUGCUCGAGCACCAAAUGAUGACGAAAAUGAAUAUACAGGACCAGGAUGCGCACGAAAAAAUCAAGAAGCUUCGUCGCAUUGCAUUCGAUGAUGGCACUACCGAUCAGGCAGAUGUUACAGCACGUCGACAGAACAAUGCUUACUCGAAUUACUACAAAAAACUUGGUUUCAAAUGCGACAUCAAUCCGGCUCAAGAUUUCAAUGAGACGCCACCGGGCAUUUUGGCACUGGAUUGUAUGGUGUAUUUUGCUACAAAUUACACGCAAUUGUAUACGAAGGUGGUGCAUGAAAAUAGUUGUCGGGCGGACGAACAUGACUGUCAAUUCGGUCGCACGAGCAUCGAAUUGGUGAAAAUGCUGUGCGAAAUUUUACACAUCGGUGAAGCGCCACUCGAACAGGGUGUCGAUUUCCAUCCGAUGUUUUUCACCCACGAUCAUCCAUUCGAGGAAUUCUUUUGCGUUUGCAUCGUCGUCCUGAACAAGACAUGGAAGGAUAUGCGGGCAACGAGUGAAGAUUUUGCCAAAGUGUUGAGCGUCGUACGGGAACAGAUUACGCGAAGUUUGAAAUUGCGUCCGAGCAACUUUGAUGACUUCAAGGCGAAAAUCAAUACGAUGACCUAUGCGACGAUAACAACGUUACGGCAACAGGAAAGGACUUCAAAGGAAGAAUGUGAGUCAACUGCGUCGGCCAUCGUUAGUUUAAAGGAAAAGAUAACGCCGGAAGUGAUGGCAUUGAUAAAGGCACAGCGAUUGGGAUACUUAGUGGAGGGUAGUCGAUUUUCCAAAUAUUCACGCGGCGUUCGGAGUAAAGAUAAAUUUUGGUAUGUUCGUCUGAGUCCUAACUUUAAAGUCAUCCACUAUGGUGAGUGUGACGAGAAAACUGUGCCAACUUUAGAAGAACUCGGCAACAAGGUUCUCGUGAUUGAUAUCAAACAGUUGCUCGUUGGCAAGGAAUGUCCACAUAUGAAGGAAAUGAGGGCACGAAAAUCGGCCGUAAAUCUUGGCUUUUCAAUUACAUUCGAUAACAUGGACAAUGCUACGUUGGACUUCGUGUCGCCAGAUGAGCAAACGUUCAACUACUGGACAGACGGUAUCAACGCCCUGCUGGGUCAGCCAAUGGUAAGUAAACAGAAGGACGAUGAUUUUGAGACAUUGCUGUCGAUGGAAAUUAAACUACGACUGUUGGAUACGGAGGGAAUUGACAUAUCGGAAUCGCCACCGAUUCCCGAUGAUCCGGAUAAUUACGAUUUCAAUUUUGAGAGUUAAGAUGCGAAUUUAAAUUUAUAUGUCCGCUGUUGGUGUACGAACAAAGAUUGCAUGUAAGUUUUUGUACUCUAGGAAUUUUUAGUGUUUAGUGUUAGAUGACGAAUAGUUGACGAGUCGCGAAUGUACUUUUGAACAAAAAUGUUGUGCACAUUCAAAGAUUUAAGAUAAAAAGUGUUGAAAGAAGGCUCGCUUGCAAUUGAUGAAAAUUUUUAAAUUUUACUGAUGUCAGGCACCAGUGUCAGUGCUUGUUUUUGGGAAUUUUUUUCUACAAAUUUCGAAAAAUUCCUAAAAAAAUCCUUAGGAAUUUUUUGUGAAUUUUUUAGAAAUUUUCUGAAUAUUCAGAAUUAAAAUUCCCCACAAUUAGCCCUGCCUGACACUGACAAUCACUGGAUUUGAUAUAUUCUGCCAUAUAUCUGCUAGGAGUCUUAAAUUCUCGUUUCAUUUUGAUUCAGGAUAACUUCAAUCGUUUUUCUUAAUGUUUCCGCAAUCCUUACGCUCUCUCACUGGUUUAGAGAUAAAUUUUGUUCAAUUUUUACAUCGUCGAAAGUAGUCAUCCAAAAUUUGAUUUCAAUCAUCAAAGUAUUACAUAGGAAAAACCAAAAAUAAAUUGACGAAGGCGAAGGCACAUGUCGCUGUUACUCUUGACCGUUAUUCCAUUCAACUUGAUUCAUAAUUUGACGGGAAAUAUUAAGUAUUUGUAACUCCAUGCCGUUAACUGAAUCCGCAAAGGACUGUAGAAAUGUUGUGAAGACCGAAGGCUCUGUUUUUGUGUUCACCAUAAGCCAUAAGAUGGAGACAAAAUGUCAAAAAGAGUAUUCACCCAUCGAGCUCAGUUAAAUUAAUUGGGUUUUUCUUAGUUAACUGGACUUUUACAUAUACACAUUUUGACGCAUCAUUCAUCUAGAUGGGAACUGGUCAUUCUCUUCUCUUUUACGCUCUUUUAGCGGUGUAUUACUAAAUUUUAGUCUCGAUUGGAGCACACAGCAUUUUAAAGGCUUACCGUUACUGUAACAGUGACAUGGUGCAUACAAAUUUUAAUCGAAAAAUUUUAUUUUAUUUUUAUGAAUCCAAAUCCAAAGCAUAUUUAUAAUCACGUGUACUAUGUCCGUGAAUUUUUCUCCAUUUUAUAAUAAAAACCUAUAUUUUGUAAUCACAAUAGUUUUGUAAGAAUUUUAUUCAAAUCAUAUUUAAGUAAAAAGUAUAAACGAACCAAA